AUGAACUGGGUGUUUUUGCAGGGCCUGCUUAGCAGGGUCAAUAAGUACACCACGGUGUCCGGUCAUAUCUGGGUCUUCAUCUUCAGACUCAUGGUCUUCGUCGUGGCUGCUGAAAAGGUGUGGGGUGACGAAGACCGGCCUGCCACAACGUCUGUUAUGACCACUUCUUCCCUGUCUCCAUUCACCUCCGUCACUUGUCCCUCCUGGUCGUCCUCCACGUGGCCUAGAGUGGAAACUCCAUCUGAAGUACGGCGAGGGAUGCACCCGUCUCUAUGACAACACAGGGACCUACUUCUUUAGUCUCUUAUUCAAGAUGGCGGUGGACGGCGUGUUCAUCUUCCUGUUGUUUUACAUCUACGAGGCGACCUUCUUCCCGCUGUCGGUGAAGUGCCCAGAGGACCCCUGUCCAGUGAAGGCUCUUAACAACACUUUGCACUGA